GGUCUUUUAAACGGUGACGUCACUCCACCAGGAAAACGGUCAACUGUUUUGUGAGAUUUGUGUAAACACUAUUGAUACAUGCUCGACUGUCCGCAUCCUCGAACCCAGCGUGCGGCUGAAAGAAAGAAAAAACACCAGAUUGGACGCGAGGCUCUUUUGAAAACACUUUACAAACAAUAGCCUUGUAUUGUUCGCCAUUAAGCGGCUCUAAUGUCUGCGUCGGCUGAUAUCCACGCGACGCUCGCGUCGAUCCUCGAGCGCUUCGCCAAAUGCGCGCUGCUGGAGAUGAGUCGCGCGGUGGAGCAGGAGAUGACGCGCCGGAAGAUGGAGGUCGAGACGCUGAUGCUCAAACUGCAGUUUACCGAGAGCGAACUGCGAUCAGCCCGAAAGAACCAGUCGAACCUGCGCUCAGUGGGAACACAAGUGAACACCAGCGGACAGAGAGAGGUAAACCUCAACUGCGUAAAGAUAAAUGAAAAUCAUGACGGAGAAUCACAGACGGAGACACACACGGACGUUUCUUCAGCCCAGACGUUCACACUGAACGAAGACGGAAUCAAACCAAUUCAGAUCAAAGAGGAACACAUGGAGGACGAACAGUGGGACAGUGGACCGAUUUCUCCUGCUCUUUCCCCGUUGGGUCCAGAGGUGGAAGACCAGGAUAGUUUCGGCACGGGAACAACAGGACCAGCUAGAGUUGGUAGUGAUUUUAUCUUAACGAGUAAAAUGAAGCCCGGUGGAAUGUGGAAUUCACCGGUGUCCCAGGAAUAUCCAGCGAACUCCGGAGCCGUGAGUUUGGACGCUUCUCUUCUGGAAACAGGUGAGCGAUUCGCCACAGGUGUGUCUCCGAACCGCCGGCACGUGGACGAACCGUACAGAACCGCUGCCGCUAACCAUGCGCUUCCAUCAGCGUCAGAUCACAGAGGAGACACAAACGCAGAGAGAAGCUCUCGCUGCCCUCAGUGCGGAAAGACCUUCACUACGCGCUUCUACCUGAAGAUCCACCAAAGAAUCCACACCGGAGAGAGACCGUACACCUGCCCUCAGUGUGGCAAAGGCUUUUACUGCAACUCUCACCUGAUCUCACACCAGCGCUCACACACCGGAGAGAAACCGUACAGUUGUGAAGAAUGCGGCAAGUCCUACUCGCAUUUAAACUCGCUAAAACUGCACCAGCGCAGCCACACUGAAGAGGAGGCGUAUGCGUAUUGGUAGCAUUCACAGUCACAGAUCCAUGCUGACAAGAUUUUAUGAAAUGCCACAUUAUUUUAAAUUUGACUUGUUUUGACAUACUUUAUAGAAGUUUUUUAUGAUAAAUUAGUAAUAUUGCUUUAAGUUUGAUAUACUUUUUUUCAGUAUUUGUUCAACAGAUCACUUUAACAUCUAUUUUAUAAACAUCAACUGUCAUAUAAAAUGCAUUUCAUUUAUAUACAUGAAUUACAUUUUUCAUUUUAAAGCCAGUAAAACUAUGCUAUAUGUCUUCUAUGUUGUUUUCUGCUACUUUGUGUGUGUGUGAAUUAUUUAAAAUGGGAGCAUUGAUAAGAUGCAUUUUGCAAAUGACAAUAAAACCCAUGACUUUCUGAUGUAAAA